AUGGCUGCUGAUACAACAUCUUCCUUCUCCACUUACAUGGUCCUCUUCAUCUCCUUGCUCCUACUUUCUCACUUCACUAUGGCCAUGCUAGAACAUAGUUUUUCUCCUUCAACAUCAAGCAAAGAGGGUGCCAAGAAGAGCAACACCAAGGUUGUUGCUUCAGCAAGGGAAGACAGUGAACAAAAUUCCAAGGAUAUGGCAGUAGGACAAACGGAAAAAUGCAGCGUUCAUGUUCCAAAGAGAGAGCACUCUCAAUCUCCGAACAGGAUCUUCAAUGCCAGUGUUCAUGAAGUCCCCAGUGGUCCAAAUCCCAUUUCAAACAGGUAA